ACGAUCUCGACCACCGUACUCGAUACCCCUUCCCUUCUGUCUCCCUAUGAUGUUUUUCUUUCUUUGUAACUUUUAGCUACUAUAGCUAAAUUUGUACCUUCAUUUUGCAGUGCCUUUACACGUUUUCCAUCAUGUUCACGACCACCGGUUCCCAAGGGCUCGAUAAGGCCCCCCUGUCUAAAGGUCUCCUCCUGGUCCUCAGUGGUCUGACUGUCGUGCUAACCCUCCUGCCGCAGUACCAUCACCUGUUCACCUACAGCCUGCAGGCCAUCACGCAGCAGCACCAGGUAUGGCGGUUAGUGUGUGGCAGACUGAUCUGUCUGGACCUAAAGGACACCUUCUGCAACAGUCUGCUCAUCUACGACUUCCGCAUCUUGGAGAGACGCUUCGGCAGCAGAAAGUUUGCUUCCUUCCUGUUUGGGACGUGGGUGCUCACUGCACUGGUGGACUUCCUGCUGGCCGAAGCGUUUCACUACCUGUUUGACUACCAGGUGGCUGAGCUGCCUGCCGGACUGCUAGGCCCAGUGUUCAGCCUGUUUGUACCUUUCUACUCCUCCAUCCCCAAGGUUCCAGUCACUCAACUCCUUGGUCAGAUCUCCAUAACUAACAAGUCCCUGGUUUACAUUGUAGGCCUGCAGCUCCUGACCUCCAGUCCGUUCAUGUGGCUCGUUGCUCUCAGUGGACUGCUCUCUGGGAAGCUGUACCACGGAAAUGCUCUGAGGGUGCAGCGGCUUCUCUUCGUACCCCGGUGGCUGUCCCGUGUAGGGGCCUUCGUCCUGGAGCCCCUGUUCUCCGGGCCCCUGCCCCCCAGUGAAACCCCCCUGGGGAUGGGGGCUACGCUGGACAUCCAGAGACAGCAGAGGAUGGAUCUCCAUGAUCAACAGAUGCUGCUGGCCCAGUUCCAGCAGGCCACGAGGAACCACAGACCACCACAGCCACAGAAUGGCCUAAUGAACUGGAACAGAUUUUUCCCAUCGCUGAGAUACAGAGGACAGAACCUUCCCCCAGAGCCACAACCACACCCCUCUUCACCGCUGCAGCCACACCCCUCUUCACCGCUGCAGCCACACCCCUCUUCACCGCUGCAGCUCCACCCUACAGCUCCACCGCUGCAGCUCCACCCCACAGCUCCACCGCUGCAGCUCCACCCCACAGCUCCACCGCUGCAGCUCCACCCCACAGCUCCACCACUGCUGGAGCCCACAGCUCCUCCCUUGAUCAACACUCCUGUAGCUGAAGAACAGGUUGCCAGAUUGAUGGAGAUGGGCUUCUCCAGAAUAGAUGCUCAGGAUGCCCUCAGAGUGUCCAACAACGACAUCAAUGUGGCAACCAACUUUCUGCUGCAGCAUUUAGGGUAGGGAGUAGUUUGAAAGAUGUAGAACCUGAGAGAGAAAAACAACAGAGGGAACAGAAUGAAGUCUGGGUCUGAUCCAGUGAGCAGGGUCCUGGGGUUUGAGGCCAGGGUGACUGGACUGCUCUGGAACUCCAGAGGACUACACAGAGAAUAACUCAACACAGACUACACAAUUACUAGGAGGAAAGGAGAGAGGAGGACAGUAAUGCUGCUGCUGUCCACCGUGCUUCCUGAAGGGUGAAGAGGGCUGUCCACUGUGCUUCCUGAAGGGUGAAGAGGGCUGCUUCCUGGUAGUGGGUGCUCAGCCCUGUUCCAGAUAGUUUGGAUACUCUGUCCUGUCACCUUGCUGCUGAGGGACAGAAGAUGGAGGAUCAGAAGGCUGCUAUUCUCAGGGCUUGUUGCAUCUAGUGUCUUCUCUAUACUCUAGCAUUACCAUGGUUCAUUACGGCUUCCUCCACCUCACACACACCUUCGUCCAGAAAACAUACACACUCGCCAGUCCCUCAAGGUUUUCGUUUGUGUCAUUUGUCCAUGGACAAUGAUUACAGGAGUUUGUUUGAUGACUUCUGCAAACACUCAGAAUGAAUCUAACAUCUUAAAGGGGUUUGAAAUGAGGAGAAUAUACUAAAUUAUGGAAGCUGUCAAUCUUGUAUACUCAAUGAAAACCGUCUGCAUAUGUAAUACUUAGUGUAUGGCUUGUAUAGCUGCUCAGUGGCUACAUUCUGGUUAACUACACUAUGGAAUAAAAUCAUGGUGUCAAGAUAUUAAUUAUGAAAAUUACUGUUUAACUAGUUUUUCACAAUCAUUGAGGAUUUAACACUUAUAUAAUGAUUUACUUUAUUUUGUUUUAUGUGACUGACUGUAUAAACGGAGGUGUGCUUGUUGUUUGGUUAACCUAUGCCUGUGUGUGGUGUUAUUAUGCUACAGAUUACAAAUGAUUAACAAUUUAACAAACUGCUUCCAACCACUGAAAUAUAUGCAAUGUGCUGUGGUAACAGUGCUGUCCAUACAGCGUUACAACAGUAUAAUGGCCUAAUGAAUAAACCUACCUCUCACCUUCA